UAUUUCCCAUCUGUUUCCAAAAAAUCAAUUCUCCUCCUCCUCCUCCUCCUCCUCCAGAUCUGUCUCGAAGACCGUUUCCCUGAGAGCCAUGGAGAAACCGUACGGAUACGCGAGCGUGAGCAUGAGCGGCGUAGAUCGCUCCGCCGGGAAGGAUAUCGACUUGGAGAUGGGAGGCGGAGAGGCGACGCUUUACCCAGGGCUAAGCUACGGCGAGAAUCAGCUCCGUUGGGGAUUCGUCCGCAAGGUCUACGGGAUUCUCUCCGCCCAGCUCCUCCUAACCACGCUUAUCUCCGCCGUCGUCGUCCUCAAUCCUCCGGUCAACGAUCUCCUUACCGGAUCUCCCGGACUCCUCCUCUUCCUCUGCAUCAUCCCUUUCGUCUUGAUCUGGCCUCUGCACGUUUACCACCAGAAGCAUCCUGUUAACCUCAUCCUCCUUGCCCUCUUCACUAUCUCAUUGAGCUUCACCGUUGGCGUCAGCUGUGCUAUGACUGAAGGAAGAAUCGUCCUUGAAGCCUUGAUAUUGACAUUCUCCGUGGUCGGAUCUCUAACCGCAUACACUUUCUGGGCUGCAAAGAAAGGAAAAGACUUCAGCUUCCUUGGACCCAUUCUCUUCACCAGCCUCAUCAUUCUUGUGGUGACCAGCUUCAUGCAGAUGUUCUUCCCGCUUGGCCCAACCUCUGUUGCUAUAUAUGGAGGAAUCAGCGCGCUUGUGUUCUGCGGGUACAUAGUCUAUGAUACCGACAAUCUCAUCAAGCGUUUCACGUAUGAUGAAUACAUCCUUGCAUCGGUGGCUCUCUACUUGGAUAUCCUUAAUCUCUUCUUGACCAUUUUGCGUAUUCUGAGGCAAGGUGACAACUAAAGAAGCCAUAUAAAAUGAAACCUCAGUGAUGGGAUUUUAUAAACCCAAGGCCUCUAUGUGAUUUACAUUUGUGUGUAUAUCUGACUUUAUGUUUCGAGUUUUUUUUACUAUAUGCUGCUAUGUGGUUAAACGUUUGGUAAAACAAAGUCAAGCGAAGUGAAAAUUUCAAUGUUAAAUAAAUUUGGUAAAACA